UUGUGGAUACACACGUAAUGAUACAACUAUCGAAUCAUUGUUUGAUUCGGCGUCAUAUUUAAUUAUUUAUAUGCCAGGAUACAGGCGGGACAAAAGAAGAAUAACAAGGAAAACCGACCAUGCCCUGUAACGAAGCAUCCGUAACCUCUAAUAGAGCGUACUUCUGCAGUUCAUAGGCCUGAUCGUUGAGUAUGUCCAGGAAAAGUCCAGGGAUAAGAUGAUAGCAAGGCAUGAAAGUGGUUUGCCUAUCGGCGAGGGAGCUAAAGAAAAUCGCCGGAAUUAGGAGUCUGGAGCUUGGCCGACCAGGAGACAGCACGCGAGCAGUGCCACGAACUUGGUACCUGGAACAGAAAUCGAUUGAUAAGCGGAGUCGACGCACCUUUAUCGAGCACGUACUAUGCCGAAUGCUGCACCGAGCGCCGUUAAUGCAAGUGGAAAGUACGUUUCGACGCGAGAGGCUGGGAUCUCCAGGAUGCCAGGGCUGUGGAAGUUGCUACACACGCUAAUCUACAUGGUGGCCGCAUCAAGGAGCGUCGAAAGUAGCAGCGACAUUUGGCCGCUGGAGAGGCCAGAGGGCAUGCCGGCCAUUCGGUCCUUGGAGGUGAUGUGCGGCAAGGACCACAUGGACGUGCACCUGUCCUUCUCCCAGCCCUUCGAGGGGAUCGUCUCCUCCAAGGGACAGCACGCCGACCCUAGAUGCGUCUACGUCCCGCCCUCCACCGGCCAGACUUUCUUCUCCUUUCGGAUAGCCUACGCGAGGUGCGUUUCGAAUGUCUUAUGGAACGACCACGUGGUCGGGGAUGCGUUUCGAACGUCUUAUGGGACGACCACGUGCUCCGCGAUGCAUUUCAGAUGCGGCACGAAGCCGGACAUGCACGGCCAGUUCUACGAGAACACGGUGGUCGUCCAGUACGACAAGGACCUGCUGGAGGUCUGGGACGAGGCGAAGAGGCUGCGGUGCGAGUGGUUCAACGACUACGAGAAGACGGCGUCGAAGCCUCCCAUGGUCAUCGCGGACCUGGACGUGAUCCAGCUGGACUUCCGAGGCGACAACGUGGACUGCUGGAUGGAGAUCCAACAUGGCAAGGGACCCUGGGCGCCGCCGGUCUCGGGCAUCGUGCCGCUCGGCUCCACCCUGACCCUGGUCGUCGCCAUAAACGAUUACCGAGGGGAGUUCGACAUGAGGGUCAAGUCGUGCGCGGCCUCGGACGGGGGUGGCCACACCAUCCAGCUGAGCGACGAGUUCGGCUGCGUCCUGAGGCCCAAGAUGAUCAGCCGGUUCCUGAAGGCCAGGGGCUCCGACGACCGCGCCACCGUCAUCGCCUACGCCUUCUUCCACGCGUUCAAGUUCCCGGACGCCCUGAGCGUCCACAUUAAGUGCAAGGUCGAGAUCUGCCGACACGGCUGCCUGGACCACUGCCAGUCCGGAGGAUCCGUGGGGCACUACGUCCAGGAGCGGAAGGACCAGGUCAGACCACCCUAUCCACCCUCCGCGGUCCACGAGGAGGAGUCGCCAAUCUACGACGACGUCAUCCAGAACGGCGACGGCACGACCUCGAUCGGGGGCCACUUCCUGGGGGUGGAGAAGUCCUCCCCGAAGGCGCAGGCCCAAACCAGCGACCGGGAGCCGGCGCCGGUUAACGAGCCCCAGGAGGAGGACAAGGACGAGGAGGACCUCCCGGAACCGCCCCAGGUGAGUCGCUACGAGAACGAGGACCGCUUCCCACACGGGCCCCGCAACCUGGAGGAGGACCUCACCUCGGCGCCGGUCUCGCCGGUCGGCGCCCGCCGGAAGCGGUCCCUCGUCGUCUCGGACCGGAAGGUGCGCAGCGCAGACGUCGGCGUCAGCGGGAUCUACGACGUCAUCUCCGAGGCCGACCUCGCCUUCAGCCCGGACGCCCACGCGGAGGCUGUCACCGUCUUCCAGGGCCGCAUCCGAGAGGAGAUCGUCUAUGGCAUCUGCCUCCCGAUGCCCGGAUUCAGUGCCCUCUUCGUCAUCGUCGCUCUUUCCGCCGUCGUCUCGGCGAUGGUCGCCGGGGCCAUGCUCCACCGCCUCCAGACCCAACGCCGGGUCGGCAGGGGGAACCGGAAGAACGGGACGGCCAACGGGUGGCUAUCCUACGGCUUGUCCCGGGUCCGAUGCUCGGAAAGGACCCGUGGAGGCCAGUCCAGGGUCCAGUCCCACCACCAGCAGAUGCAAAAACCGACUCCCAGCCCGGUCGAGCAGGGCUGACCGGAGCCGUAUCGGACGCGCGCCAAUGCCGUGAGAGACAAUGUGCAAUAUACUGUACAAAGUACCGUAAGUGCGUAGAGUAGGUUGUACGCUCUUUUUAAAGACUUCCAUCGUCGUCGCCCCUGGGCCCUGCCUCUCAGGAUCGGCCGAGGCCGAGGAGACGAGCAUCCGAGACUUCCGACUUAUACCUAACGCCUUGAUCCCUAAGUGCUACGGCGUUUACCUUUCCGUAUUAUUAACGUUAAGGGCCCCUAGAGGACCGACCAUCCGGGUCGAUUAAGUCAGUUUCACCGUUACCGAGCGACGCGGGGACUCCUUCGACGACUUCCGAUUUCAUUUUCACCAGGUGCGACCUUACGCGAAGGUUGAGGAACGGCGCGAAGAAGGGUCGAAGGACCGGACCUCGUGGUAAGAGGAUGAUCCUUUAAGGUGAAGUGAUACCCCUCUCAUAUCUUAAUGAAACACUUUUUUAAAAAGUAUUCAAUCGAAUUGUCAAUCUUUGACACGUGACAAUAUCUGGAUUUUUUAAAAAGAUUUUUUUAACUUAAAAUCGAUAUAAAAACCAACGUAGGUAUUUAAAAAAGUCUUCUUUACCGUCGUCGGUCAAGUUCCUCGACGUGUUUCACUUCACCUUAACUGACGAGAUUCUAAUCUAAUGACAUUCCGAUUUUCUUAAGGCUACGCUUAUAAAUAGCUUCGACGUUUUCUAAUUCUUAAGAUACUUUAUAUGGAUAUCACUUUUGUAAAGGAAAUAAUAUGUUAAUCUCAUGUAACCUGGGGGGUUCUCCUAGAAUUCCAAUCGUUUAGGGCCGUGUGCCCACGAGCGACCGAUAAGACGAUAAGAGGCUACUUUUCGACUCUAGUUACCUUAAUUAGCCUCGCUUUAUCACCUUACUUUCCUGGAUUUUUUUUAUCACAUCCCCUAGAGUACAUCGGCCGCCAUCUUGCGAGAUGAGGGGACGUUUGAUGGAUUUUUUAUCCAGAGGAUCAUCAGGGAAAAUGCGAGCGACAGCCGCCAUUUUGUUCCGACGAUCCUGAAGAAGAUCCUCGCGUCUACUUCGUGGGAAUCCUUGAAGACCUCCUACGUAGCCUUAAUUUGCAUAAUGUGCCUAAAACUUCGCGUUUAUCCCGAUAGGUGCGUUCCCGUCGCCGGUCUUGGGAAUCGCGAUGUCCACUUCCUGUUCCUUCCUGACGCUUCCAGGUAAACGAUCGAAGGAUAGAAAAUUGUCACUUUGCUUUCAGAACUACAUGCGGUUAUCACCACGAUGGAAGAUAAGGUGGUAAGAAAGUACUUUGAUAAGAAGGUCGGAUCAUCGAUGUCACUUACUACUUGAUAAUUAAUUCUAAGGGAGUAACAAUAAAAGUCGGUCGCUUUUUGAUAAGAAUAUGAACGAUAUAAAUUAUAAAAUAAAUAAUAGAUUAUGUAAUAAUAUUGAAUAUAAAGUUUCAUGUCUGGAGGACAAGGUGAUAAAAAAAGGACUUUGAUUAGAGGUCGUGCCUUAUCAUGAUAUUUAAUUCCGGGGGAAUAACGCCGUCGCGUU